AUGAUGGCUUAUAUGAACCCGGGGCCCCACUAUUCCGUCAACGCCUUGGCCCUAAGUGGCCCCAGUAUGGAUCUGAUGCACCAGGCUGUGUCCUACCCGAGCGCCCCAAGAAAGCAGCGGCGGGAACGGACCACCUUCACGCGAAGCCAGCUGGAGGAGCUGGAGGCCCUGUUCACCAAGACCCAGUACCCGGAUGUGUAUGCCCGCGAGGAGGUGGCUCUGAAGAUCAAUCUGCCCGAGUCCAGGGUUCAGGUUUGGUUCAAGAACCGCAGGGCUAAAUGUCGACAGCAGAGGCAGCCCGCGGGCGCCCAGGCCAAGGCUCGUCCUGCCAAGAGGAAGGCGGGCACACCUCCAAGAUCCUCCACAGACAUCUGUCCAGAGCCCCUGGGCAUCUCAGAUUCCUACAGCCCCCCUUUACCUGGCCCCUCAGUCUCGCCCCCGGCAGCGCUGGCCACAGUGUCCAUUUGGAGUCCGGCCUCAGAGUCUCCUUUGCCUGAGGCCCAGCGGGCUGGGCUGGUGGCCUCAGGGCCUUCUCUGACCUCAGCGCCCUUUGCCAUGACCUAUGGCCCCACCUCUGCUUUCUGCUCUUCUCCCUCAGCCUACGGGCCUUCCAGCUCCUUCUUCAGCGGCCUGGACCCCUACCUUUCUCCCAUGGUGCCCCAGCUGGGGGGCCCGGCUCUCAGCCCCCUCUCUGGCCCUUCCGUGGGACCCUCCCUGGCCCAGUCCCCCACCUCCCUAUCAGGCCAGAGCUAUGGUACCUACAGCCCCGUGGACAGUCUGGAAUUCAAGGACCCCACAGGCACCUGGAAAUUCACCUACAACCCCAUGGAUCCUCUGGACUACAAGGAUCAGAGUGCCUGGAAGUUUCAGAUCUUGUAGGAGACACUCUCCUCCAUCUCUCUGCAUCUCUUGUCUAAAUCUUCCUUCCUGCAGAUUGUCUAAAUCUGCGCUAGAACAGCA